AUGCAGUUCACUACUCCUCUCUUUCUUCUUUUUGUUGCUGGCGUGACCGCCUCCCCUCUUCUUGGAGUCAGCGUUGGGGGCAUCAGCGUCGGUGUUGCCGGUUCUAGUGGUCUCGUUAAUGUGAAUUUGGCAACAGCCAAGCCUUCUUCUGCUGUUGCUACUUCUACUAGGACAACGACUACCACUGCAGCCGCAAACCCGACUAUGCCUUCGUCUUUCUCAGCCCCGGUCCAGGGCCAAGGCAUCCUGACUCUUGACAACUUGCCUGCUAUGCCAGCCGUCAUUGACAAGAGUCUUUCCGGUGUUCUUGGAGCUGUUUACGGUCUUAUGUCUGGAGUUUGCAGCACUGAUUUCAAAUGCACUGUCACCGUUGCAGGAUCUAUUCAGUCUCUACUUGUAGAUGGCGACAAGUACGCAACGAGUAGCUCUGUGACAGCGUGGUGCGAUCAGGGUCGGUGCUACGGCACUGCCGAUAUCCCUCUUACUGCUACCGCUCCAUUCACCAUCACUUGCGACCACCUCACUGGAGGCACCAGUGCAUGCUCGGCCACUAUUUCAGGAGCUAUUUCCGCUAUCUUCGCUAACGGCAGGCAAAAUUUAGAACUCUGGGGAUGGAUCACACCCGCUGGUUACUGCAAGGAUGGUAUUUGCGUUGCUUCUAUUUCCGCGGUUGGUGACCCAAUGUACUAA